UGUUCGAUGAUACGCCUUUGCACCAUGCUGAAGACCUCUUGUAACCUUUUUUUUCCAUGAUCUGCAUAAUUUGCGUUUUCUGGGGUUUGAACCUCAGACCUCCUGGUGUAGAAUCAUUAAUGAACUCUUAAUCAAACCACUGGACCAAGGCUUCCACUACUAUAUUACUAUUAAGUUGUAUUUUUCUCAAUAAUAUAGAAGUAGGCAUUUAAAUAUGGAAACUUUCACUUUAGAAUUAUUAAAUUAUUGAUACAUGUUGAGUUGUUUUUGGUAAGCUAUAAUAUUUCCACAGUAUAGAAGUAAACUUGUAAAAAAUGAAAGAAUAUAUAAAACCCUAUUAAAUUGAAAUGAAAAGUUAGCAAAACCCUAGCUAGAGUAGUCUUUUCUGUGGUUGCAUCGUCAUCAAACACUGUAACAUGAUGUCGCAUAAUCUCCAGCACCAUACGAGGAGUAUCCUCGCUCACAGUAGCAGGACUCUAUUAUUCUGCUCCUACACAAACGGAACCCUACCGUCUUCCCCAAGGCACAGCACUACUACUCUGCAUAGCCGUAUCGAAGCCGCUUCAGAAGGCAAAACAGCAAUCACUAGGGUUCUUGAACAAUGGAGACGUCAACAAAAAGGUAAGCAAAUAAACCCUUCGAUGGUGAGAGUACUCGUGGAGGAGCUUAGAGACUCGCAACGUUUUCGUCAAGCCCUAGAGGUAUCUGACUGGAUGAUUGAGCAUAAGCUAUGCAACCUCAUCCCUGAAGACUUCACAGCUAGGUUUUGUCUUAUAGAGAACGUGUUGGGGUUGAAAGAAGCUGAGAAGUUCUUUGAGAGCGUCCCGGAGAAUCAGAGAGGUGAAGCGAUCUACACCGCUUUGUUGAACAGUUACACGGUGAAGAAGGAUCUUGUUAAAGCUGAAGGUACUUUCAAGAACAUGAGGGAGAUAGGUUUGCUUUUGAAGCCUUUGCCUUACAACUCGAUGAUGUCUCUCUACUUCUCUGUCCGAAAGAGAGACAAGGUCGAUGAGAUUAUGCGAGAGAUGAAGGAGAACAACGUUCAGUUUGAUACUCUCACCGUGAACAUUGCUUUGAGAGUGUAUGCUUCUGUGUCUGACUUGUUGGCAAUGGAGAAGCUUCUUGCUCAUUGGGAAGGGACUAUAACGCUGCAUUGCCUCACGUCACUUGACAUGGCAAAGGCUUAUCUAAGAAAUGGUUUCAAGGUUAAGGCGAGGGAGAUGCUUCUUAGAACAGAAGAGGACCACAUAGAUCCUGAGUCCUAUGCUGAACUCUUGACGCUAUAUGGUGAAGCUGGAGAGAGAGAAGACGUUUACCGUAUAUGGGACUUGUACAAGAUGACAGAGAAGCAAGAUAAUGAUGGGUUUAGAGCUUUGUUUGGAUCUCUCUUGAAGCUUAAUGAUCUCAGUGGGGCAGAGGAGAUUUACUACAACGAGUGGGAUGGCUCUGGUCUUGAUUUCGAUGUCCGAAUCCCGACAAUGUUGGCUUCUGGUUACCGCGAAAAGGGACUCGUUAAGAAGGCAGAUAAGCUGAUGAUUAAAACCAUAAGAAAUGAAAAAAUGGUUAGACCUAUUGGUCAGUUGCUUGUGGAAUGGGGCAAGAAAGGGAACCUAGUGGAGCCUUCUUACAUGAGAGAACUUAUCAAGGAUCUUUGUGACUCAAAACAAUACCCUAAAGCACUUGAGGCAUCAACAUGGGUGAGUGAAAGAAACUUGUUUGCUCUUUUCCCUGAGGACUAUGCAGCUAGGCUUCAUCUCAUUGACAAUGUAUUAGGUUUGGAACAAGCAGAGAAGUUUUUUAAUUGUAGCAUGCCUGAGAACAUGAAGAACUACUCUGUCUACUCUACACUCCUAACCACAUACACAAGAUCAUCCAAAACUGUGGAUAAAGCAGAAGCCACUUUUGAGAAGAUGGAAGAGCUAGGGUUCCUAUUAAACUCCACACCAUUCAACUCAAUGAUAUCUCUCUACAGUGAGAUGAGAAAAAGAAGCAAGGUCAUGAAGCUUCUAGAGAAGAUGAAGGAGAAGAACAUAGAGCCGGAUAAUGUCAUAAUGAACCACGUUUUGAGAGUUAACGCAUAUGUAUCAGCCAUGGAAUGCAUGGAGAAGUAUAAGAGAGAAUGGGAAGACAAUAAUCUCAAACUUGAAGUGAGGACUAUGGAUGCAAUAGCAAAGGCUUACGAAGCAGAAGGGUCAACACUAAAGGCUAUAGAGAUAACGUCGAGUAAAAAAGAAGUGUACCGUCUAUGGGAUGCGUACAAGAAAGAUAGCGUGGGAGACAUGAGUAAUGAAGGGUAUAGAAGUGUGAUUAGGUCUUUGUUGAAGCUAGACGAUGUGAAAGGAGCACAAGAGGUAUUUAACGAGUGGAAGCCAGAGAGAUACGAGUUUGAUUCUAGGAUUCCGAGUUUGCUGAUCUCUCGUUAUUGCGAGGAGGAGAAGUAUAAUGAAGUGAAGACAAGGGAUGUAAUGAAGUUGAGUAGAAAGAAGAGGAGAGGGUUGCAGUUUGAGUUGUUUAAGGAUGUAUGUGUUAUAUUAACGGCUACUUCAUUUGGGGUUGGGUUUGUUCCGUGCAUGGUAUGGAUUUGUGGAGGAGAGACCAUUACUGUUUGGGGCUCGCUAGGGGUAGUAGUCACUGGUAUUGUUUUAGCAGUUACAAAUUCUUUUUGAUUUUAUUUAUUCGUCUCAGAAAAUUUUGGUUUGGAUUGAACGUUUUUGGGUCCGAUUGGAUUCUAAGGUCUAAUUGUUAAAUUUUACACUAAUUUUUCGUUUUUGACUAUUGGUACAAAGAAAAAUAGUAGUGGAAAUAACAACAAUCUAAACAACACUGAAAUACAAAAAAAGGCAAUUACCAAACUACCAAGAUAAAGACAAGAGUUGUAAGUUUGAACAACAACCGUCAACCACCAAAAGUUUAGCUAGCUCAGUCAAAGAUGAAGGUCUAUGCGAAUUAGGCCCUGAGGUGAAGCAUGAGCCUAUGGUAUUAAUUACAUGAAUUUAGGUAUAAAAAAUAAGUCUCUAUGCAUACAUCGGCCAUUGGUAUGUAUACAAAAAAUAAUGAGUUUGUAUGUCAUGUAUUAUAUGUUGUGUUAUUUGGUAGAUCAUAUAUGAUAGUGGUGUUAUUCAUCUUUAUAAAUUUGAAUAAACUAAUCUGGGAGAAAUUAAGGUCUAAAAAUGAUUCAUGUACAUAGGAUAUAUUAACUUUGUUCAUAGUUGUAUGGCCAUUUUUUAUUAAUAUUGCUAAAAAUGAUUCAUGCUCAAAAUCUUUUUCUUCAUAUUCCUGAGCUUCUUUUUUGUUUUCCUCUAAAUAUUAGUGUUCUUGGUGGUUUACAAGGUAAAACCUAUGUUGACAACAAACCAAAACAAAAAAGGUGACGCCCCAUAAAAUUGGUGAUUACAUUGUCUACAAAUGUACCAGACAACAACAAAAAAAUGUCGACAAGAAACUCAUCAAACUUCAUGUGUUUUUCAGACACUUUGAUGAUUAGUCUCGACGUUUAUCUACACUUUGCAAACCAAAAGACGGCAUAAGUCGCAUAACAAACUGAUCAACCAAUGUUUCAAGAGGAAUUAGCAUAAAGUAUAUUUAAAACAAAUUCCAAACACUUUCAACCAAGUCGUUGUAGUAUAGUGGUAAGUAUUCCCGCCUGUCACGCGGGUGACCCGGGUUCGAUCCCCGGCAACGGCGAUUGUUUUUGUUUUUUACCAAGUGAAAAGAAAGUAGUCAAUGACAAAGAACUUGGUGGAGCCUUCAUGGUGUCUUAUGUCUGCGAACGGUUCCGGUUACUGGGAAUAAUAGCACUGAUAUCAUCAUAUCAGUGAGGUUACUACUUUUCUCAACAUUUGCGUUCCUAAUGUGAUGUACAACCUUGCAUAUGGAGCUUUUAAAUAGCCGUGUAUUGUUGAUCUUUGAAACUUUCAGCAAAAAAAAAAAAUGUAGUGUCUUCUGUAAUAAUGUAAAACAGAGGUUGGCAUGUCGUCUGGUUGGUGUAGUCGGUUAUCACGCUAGU